UUUUUAAUUUCUACAGCUGUAUACACUGAUCUAUGUGCUGAGGUACUAAGAAGCGUCUAAAUAUAUUUCAAGUUCGUGAGUGUGCUAUUUUUGACCAAUUCUUAGUUUCUCUUUGAGCUAGCUCAAUCAUCAAUGCCGUUGACUUUUUCAAUUUUGCUUGCUUCAAAAUUGAAUGUGAUAUAGGCACAUGUAAGCAAAAUGCUGCGAUGACUGAAAACCUACUGAGAUUUGUAAGAUCCGACUACCAUUUAUAUUUUAUUUGUAUUUUUGUAGGAUUAGCAGUUCUCGGUCCUUAUCCAAACUUGAGAAGUUCGUUGAAUCAUGCACCGUUGUAUUCCUCAGUUCAGAAGUGACCACAGUCCAAAAGAUUUGUUCAUUGACAUUAUAAAGGCGAAAAGGGCAAGCUAUCUGCAUUAUUCGUGCUUACUAUAACUGGGCUAAUGGUCUUCCAAAUCUUUCAGAAGCCGUGAUAUAGUCAAUUGUCCUUUUCUAAUAUUAAAUGUCCACAUUGAAAAGCAAAGACCGCAAGUCGAGACACACAAUUUCAUAUUCGUUACUUGAAUAAAUUAAUAACUUAAUAAGUAGGUAAUCGACUUCAAGCUAUCUGCAUCAUUCGUGGUUACUACGAUUGGUUUAAUGACCUUCAAACUCCUUCAGAAGCCGAUAUAUACACCUUGAUUAGAUAAAUAACGCUGAUCAAAAAUCAUGCUUUUAUUUUUUGUUUAAAUUUGCAUGCUGAGCAGAGCAUUUCGUUUCGUUUUCAUGGCAUCACUCAAAAAAUACAGGCUAGUUUAAGGCUGGGUCACGUACAGUUUGCCCCGCCAAUGUACUAUACUCCACCCUGCAUUCCGUAUGUACCUCCAGUAGCGUUUCAGCGCUUUCCAAUUAAAUAAGGCAGUUGUGAGAGAACAUUUAAUCGGCGGUAGUGUCACCCCUAAUUACGGGAUAAACACUGCGGGCGGCCGCUAAUGUUCGUGUGCGUGUGGCAUCUUCCAUCUGCUUGUUCUAGGUUGAGGUAUUUUGUUUUACAUCUGAUUUCUGUUUCUGUAUUACUAUUAGUAUUAUAUUCAUUGGUUCAUUAUAUAAAUUCAGUGAUUUUAGAAUUUUUUUCGUUUUCGAUUUCAUAAUCUUUCUGAUUUAUGAGUUUGCAGUUUGGCCCAUAUAUGGCGUCAAACAGUUGGCGUAUUUUUUCUUUUUCGUAGUUUUGUUCUCGUCACCAAACAUGAAAAAAGGAAAUUCAGCCAUAAAAGUGUUGUCGUGGGUGAGAUGAGAUGUUCCGUGGUCGUGAGAGGAUACCCUCAGUCUGGCAGUCCAGUCCUGCUCUUCAAUACUCCGUCACCAGAACACGGUUCCAGAGGACAUUCGACGAAUGGGUAGUGAAGAACAUCCAAGUUAGGGAGUGCUACAAGUUCGUUAAGGAGAAAGAUGAUGUGGAUAAUGACCCUAUCUGUCAUUGCAAGAACAAGCUCUCGAAACACCCUAAGCUUAGUUCCGGUUCGGAAUACAUCCGGCCUCAAAAUUCGGAUGGAAAAUUACAUGAAGAGGUUGAGAUCGAAAACCAUAAACCGCGGUGGCCGUCUAAACAACCCCACCCUCACUCCGGUUCAGCUUCCUAUUUUAUGGAGAUGCCAGAAGAGUCGUCGUGGACACAAAACGACAACACUAUGCUCACAAAAAACAAUGCUUUCGGAAAAAUCACAUUCGACGUUGAGGAGUGCUCAGAGGAAGCGCAGUAUAUGAGAAUAGCUAAAGACUACAGUGAGAAACCAAGAAUUGAAAUCCUUAAAUCUCUCUUCGCUGAUUUCUGGAAACUAGAUGAACCAGACUUGCUGAUAUCAGUCUCUGGAGGAGCCAAGAGUUUUAACGUACCUCAAGACAUCUGUGCUUCCUUUCAACAGGGACUGUUAAACGCUGCCCGGUCUACGAGAGCCUGGAUUAUUACUGGUGGACAGCAUUGCGGUGUUAUGAAACUAGUUGGCGGUGUAAUAGGACAAAGUAUUUCAACUACCAGAAUACCUACCAUUGGUGUGGGUAACUGGGGUAAGACGUGGAAGAACAACCUGCUGGUUCACAAUAGAAGUGGUCAUUACGGUGGGCAGAGAGAAGCCACAACGUACCCAAUAGAGCCCCCUGACAAGGGUUAUGCCACUCUUGACCCCAACCACACUCACCAUUUUCUCGUGGAUGACGGUACAACAGGUACAGAUGGAAUUGAGUACGAAUUCAGAGCCGCCCUGGAAACGCUCAUAUGUGAAAAGUUCAUGAUUCAAAAUGUUCCGCUGCCUAUGGUUUGUAUCAUGGUUGAGGGGGGUAUGCGGAGCCUGGAAAUUGCUAUCAGCACUCUCCGGAAAGGUACAGGUAACACGCUGGUGGUACUAAAGGGAAGUGGGAGAGCCAGUGAUAUACUGUGUUACGGGUUCGAAAACAGCAUAGAGAUAGACUCUGAUGGUACAGGUGGAAGGAAGGAGCGCAAAAUGCCUGCUGAGUGCGACGUGGAGAUAAAAAGGUUGAUCGAAAAAGAUUUUGGGAAAUACAAGAUCGAAAAACAAAUGCUCGAUCUUAUCCUUGAAAUCUCUGCUUAUCGAGACUUUGUCACCAUCUACAGUAUCCAAAACCCAGAGCCCCUUGACUUCUACAUCUUAUCAUCUCUGAUGAAAAGUUCUGCUAAUGCUAACGUAUUAGCCGCUACGAAGAUGCGGCAAAUGAGACUUGCCAUCACUUGGGGACAUGCCAAGAUUGCUAGAGAAUUUAUCUUCAGUCAGAAACUCUACAAAUUCUCGGCAUACGAACUGGAACAACUAAUGCUGUUCGCUAUAACCAAGCAGAGGACAGAGUUUGUCAAGUUGCUCAUGGACUACGGCUGUGAUUUGAAACAGUUUUUGACCGCAAAGAACCUGAAGAUCCUGUUUAACUCCCUGGACCCCAAGUCUGGAGGCUACAGGUUACUGAUGGAGAAAGCAGAGCGGAAGUUACGGAAAAUGAAGUUUGAUGGUAACCGAAAUGUUGAGGAGGGUCCCGGAACUAGAACUCCUGAGAUACAGCUGUCGGAGGUGGGGUCGCUACUUGCUAGGAUAAUGCAGGGGUCCUAUACGUCCAUUUUCAAUACUCACAAGAAGAAAUACGAAAACGGAGCAGCUACAUUUGAUAACCCGUUUGACUUGAUGACGGUGUAUUGUGCUCUGGAUAAUUGUCAAGACAUGGCAUUACUGUUCUGGAAGAAGAGUCGGACUCCUAUGGCUACUGGCAUCAUCGCUCAUAGGAUAUACAACUAUCUGGAUAUGAUGGAAAGCAAAUGGGCUCGAAUGGAUGAAGAAAUGACGGAACAGUUGGAGAAAGCUGCCAGUGAUUUCGAGUCUCUGAGUUAUGGUCUGAUGACGAUGUGCUACCAUAACUACGAAAAGAAAGAGUGGGUCAACAUCCUGGAAGUGAAAAUGAUAGAUUGGGGUAACUUGUCCCUUUUCGAAAUAGGUCAGAUUACGGGGGCUAAAAACUUCUUGUCCCACGCCGCCUAUCAGAGUUACCUUACUGAUAUUUGGAUGGGGGAGGUCCAUCCCAGUACGCCAUUUUUCCUGCUCGCAUUUUGUGCGGUCCUACCACCCCUACCAAUAUUUUUGAAGUACAACUCUAAAUUUGGAAAAAAGAAUGCUGAUCUCAACCCUCGAACGGACAAGAGUGGUACUGACAAAGAUGACCAGGUUGGCAAGAAGCCCAACCCCCUGAGAAGGCUCCAACUGUUUUACACUUCUCCUGCAGUCAAGUUCAUUCUCAAUGGUAUCACAUAUCUUAUAUUCUUAGGUCUUUACAUAUGUAGCAUACUUGAAGGCAAUGAGUGCAAUUGUGAGGACCACCCAUCUGAUGAAACCUGUGGACCUAACACUAACAUGGUGGGAUGGAAAGACUAUUAUCUCAUCAUAUUUGUUGGAUCAACAAUCCCCAUUGAGAUAUCCCAGUUCACCUCGGUUAAGCAAAAGAAAAAUGACAAACAUGGUGUAAGAGCGGUGAUAGACGGAAACACGAAAUCAGUACUGAAGAAGUUUAAGAUAUACUUCAAGCAAAUGUACAAUGUUGUGGACUUGCUUGCCAUCAUUGUCUUUACAAUAGCGUUUACACUGAAGUUAUCCGUUAAAUGUAAUGACGAUGAGCGAUACAUGAUCUAUAAGUUCUCGAACUACCACUACUUCAGACUAUUCUCCUCUUUCUGUUUCAUACUAUACAGCCUCCGCUUCAUUCAAAUGUUUGAAAUGAACGCUAAGAUAGGACCCAAGAUCUUCAUGUUGAAGAGGAUGGCAGUUGAUCUCUUCUUUUUCCUGUUUUUAUUAGCGGUGUUCACGUUCUCCUACUGCGUUGCUUCAGAAGCCCUUUUGUACCCCUUCCACGACAGACCAGUCAAUGAGACUAUUUUUACAGCUUUCAGACGAUCCUACUUUAAUGUCUUCGGUGAUUUGGACAUUGAGGGACUUAGCAACCGCUUUGUCACAGGUCACUGCAACGAAAAGUCGUUCAUGUACAUGGAGUACCACGAAUUUAUCAUGGAAAACCAUCUGGAUGGGACUAUAGAGAAUUUAACAGAUUUACGAACCAGAUGGGAGGAGAUUAAUGAAGAAAGAUUGAAGAAAUUGGAGGAUAACUCGUCAAAGUCCAUGGAAAAGCGCGAAUCGGCGAAUAAAGAUCCACCUACAUUUUUAGAAUAUACUGACGAUUAUUGUGAGCGCUGGCCAGAGCAUUCAGACGGUAACGAUCCACUAGACCUUCUAGAAGAUUCUCCAGUUGCCAUCACAAACUAUUACAUAUGUUUUAUGCUGCUUUGUAUAUAUGUACUCACAGUGAACAUUAUGUUGAUCAACCUGCUCAUUGCUAUUUUCUCGAACACUUAUUCUGAUUCUAAAGCCAAAUCGGGUAUAAUCUACAAAACACAGCGGGCUAGUGUAAUAGUUGAGUUUGAAGAGAGACCGUGGCUGCCAAACCCUCUCAGUCUUAUCUAUUUUGCCUGUGUUUCUCCCUUCAAGAUGCUGAAGAGUUGCUGUGGGAAGCAGCGGCGUUACAGCAGCGCCAGGAAGGACAGUAGGAAAGCAUCAGACUCUAAUACAGCCGCUCGUGCGCGGAGAGCUCAACUAAUAGAAGCUGAAUGCAUGGUGUUACACCUCAAAAAAGAAACCAACAAGAAGGAUGGACUUGUCAUUUUAGAAGCUCAGAACAAGAAAAUUUCAUCCGCAGUCGAAAAAAUCGUUAGCGAAUUGAAACAAAUAACUUUAAAACAGCACAAAGAAACUUUAUGGGUCUGACGACGAAGCGGCUCGGUAUGAACGCUUUUGGGAGCACAGUAUCCCAAGCCAUGCAGGCUCAUCAAAUCCACAAAUACUCAGUUCCGCACAAGUAUUCCCUCACUCCAGACGGUUACUCUAAGUACGGCUUCACCCGGGUGCCGGUACCUCGGGAUACCAUAGACUGGGACACUCCAUUAGACUUUUACGAUCCGCCCGAAUUCACAGACGAAUCAGCCAACACAGACGAGCCAUUGUACCCAGAUAAACUUCAGUUCAAUAAUGAUAAUGGCACUGUUAAUAGACUCAGUUAUGAUCGGCCAUAUCGUGUUGAUAUCACGGAUCCUCUUAACGUUCACGGCCGGACGGGUUUGAGAGGAAGGGGGAUUUUUCCAAGAUGGGGUCCUAAUCACUACGCUAUUACUGUCGUCACAAGAUGGUACCGGGCUGGAACCGGUAAGCAAGUUCACAGCAAAGAAAGACCAGUUAUGGAAGUUUUACUUCUAAAAGACAAGAGCGAAGAGGACAAAUACUUUCACAUACCAUCUGUUCAGAUCGAUACGAACGACCCGAAUAGAUUCCAGAGUAAGCUGUUUCUUAAGAAGAUGUGUUUCAACACACAGCAGUACAGAAAAUCUGAUAAUGAUACUCAUACGAAAAAGAGCAUGUUCAGGAAUUUGGCCAUGGCCAGCCAAGAUGAUCCUGAACUUGAUCGAGCUUUUCAGAAGCAGAAACAAGUGUAUCGGGGUUAUUUUGAUGAUAUCCACAACACUGAUAACGCCUGGAUGGAAGUGGAUGUUAUAAACGUUCACUUUGAGAAACCGCUUGCAGACAGACCUUUGGAGCCUGGGUCUCAGAUAGCUUUAGCUUGUUGGCAACGGCUGGACAGCAAGGUUCCUGUUCACAACAAUGAAGCGUGGCUGCUGAAGAAUACUUGUCAUAUAAACAAAGCCUUCAAUCCGUACAGUGGGGAAUCGCUCCUGUGACAAGAACAGUCCGUACCAUUUUAUAAAACUUCUAGCUCAGUCUAGGAAAUUCGGUAUUACGAGCUAUUGCUGGAAUCAGUGGCCAAACCUUGUACCUGUUUUGAUUUUGAUUUUUGUUAGUUUAAGUAUUUUAAUGAACUUGUAUGAAAGCGUUGGGUUGACUUUUUCUUUUAAAUGGACAUUAUUUUUUAUUCGGCAAGUGAAAUUUUAAUGCCACUUAGUGCCAAUAAUAAAUGUGAUAUUUCAUAUAGACUAUAGAUGUUUUGUUUAAGCUGUGAAAUUAUAACAGUGCUAUACUAUAUUCGAUUGAAGUUAACAGGCUUGACUGAAUAAGAAAUGGGAUUUAAUUCCCAGAAGCUCAGUCAAAUUACGAUCGUACAAUAUAUCUAUAUUAUUACGUUAAGUUCUGUGAAUGAGAUUAAGGGAAACAAUUGAUGUAAUUUUUCUAUUUAUGAGUUCCAGUACGAUUAAGUAUUGGUAGUGUCGAUUUUUAUGAUAUCUGUUGAAUGUCUGGUUUCAAAAUUUCCGUAUAACCUUUCGUGAUUUUGAAGUCUUGUAAGAAUUUUGAUUUUUUUAGAAUUUGAA